GGCGGCGCGCGGCAGGGCAGAGGUGGUGCGUGCGUGUGUGUGCGCGCGGGCGCGUGCGUGUGUGGCGCUGGGGUGCGGAGGAGAGCCGUCAGCCCCGGGGCGCUAGUGCCCCGCUGUCUUGCACGCCCUCCCUUCCUCCCCGCUCCUUCCCUACAUCCUUCCCGUGCCUCCACUGUCGCGUACCCAGCGAGAGCCCAGGCAAGCAGGUGUUGUUGGGGGCGGGGGGCCGUGCGGGGUCGCACGAGACAAAGGGGGCGCGGGGGUCAGCCCGCCAUGGCCUCCCGGAGCCUGGGGGGCCUGAGCGGGGGUCGCGGCGGUGGCGGCGGCGGCGGCAAGAAGAGCCUGAGCGCCCGCAAUGCUGCGGUGGAGAGGAGGAACCUGAUCACCGUGUGCAGGUUUUCUGUGAAGACCCUGAUUGAUCGGUCUUGCUUUGAGACAAUUGAUGAUUCUUCUCCUGGAUUUAACAAUUUUGCAGCUAUUUUGGAACAGAUUCUAAGCCACCGGCUAAAAGAGAUUUCCCAAAGUUGCAGAUGGCUGGCUCAUCUCCAAAUACCUCUUCAAGGCCAGUUAACCUGGUUUGGUUACGAAAGUCCUCGUACCUUUUGGGACUAUAUCAGAGUGGCUUGCCGGAAAGUUUCACAGAAUUGUAUUUGCAGCAUUGAAAAUAUGGAAAAUAUCAGUUCUUCUAGAGCUAAGGGUAGAGCCUGGAUCAGAGUAGCACUCAUGGAAAAACAUUUAUCUGAAUACAUCUCUACAGCUCUGAGAGACUUCAAAACAACCAGGAGAUUUUAUGAAGAUGGAGCAAUUGUCUUGGGUGAGGAAGCAAAUAUGCUUGCUGGCAUGCUGCUAGGACUCAAUGCUAUUGAUUUCAGCUUCUGCCUAAAGGGAGAGGGAUUGGAUGGCAACUUUCCUGCUGUAAUAGACUAUACACCAUAUUUGAAGUUUACCCAAAGUUCUGAUAGCAUCAGCAGUGACGAAGAGGAGCUAAGGACUUUGGGAAGCAGUAGCAGUGAAAGCAGUACUCCAGAGAGCGUCGGCCCUCCCUUCAUCAUGGAUGAGAACAGCUGGUUCAACAAGUGUAAGAGAGUUAAACAAAAGUAUCAGCUUACCCUGGAACAGAAGGGUUAUCUUGAAGAACUCUUACGACUUCGAGAGAACCAGCUAUCUGAAUCUGUCUCCCAAAAUAAAAUACUACUUCAAAGGAUUGAAGAUUCUGAUCUGGCCCAUAAAUUGGAGAAGGAACAAUUAGAAUAUAUAAUUGUGGAACUUCAAGAUCAGCUGACUGUGCUAAAGAAUAAUGAUUUAAGAUCAAGACAAGAGUUAACUGCCCAUCUCACCAACCAGUGGCCUUCCCCAGGAGCUCUGGAUGUCAAUGCCGUUGCCUUGGAUACGUUGCUUUACCGAAAACACAAUAAACAGUGGUAUGAGAAAAGUUAUCAAAGUCUUGACCAGUUAUCAGCAGAAGUUAGCCUUUCUCAGACUUCACUGGAUCCAAGCCAGUCACAAGAAGGAGAUGUAAAACAGGACACAUUAAAUUUAAUCAGUGAAGGUAAAGAAGAUACUCCCUCAUUACUUGGUCUCUGUGGGUCUCUAACAUCAGUGGCAAGUUACAAGUCUCUAACAAGCCUAAAAUCUAACGACUACCUUGCAAGUCCUAUAACAGAUAUGACAAGUCCAGGCCUAACUCCAUCCUGAAAAAUUUUAUGUAAAAGCUGAAUGUUUUUAUGUUGUAAAUGUUCUCUUCACAUAAGUUUGACUGUGGGGAUGACCUCUGAAAUUUUACAUUGUUCUGCUACAUGUCUGGAAUUCUAUUGCUUAGAGAGUUCAGUCCACUCCAUGUAAACUUCUGGGUGAAAAACAUAAUGAUCCUGCCAUUUUUCAUUUUAAAAAUUCUUAUAUUUGUCAUUGAGGAAGUUUAAAAAUGAGUAAACUUAAAAAAAACUUUCAAAGAUCCUCCAAAUUAAUAAUUCAUUGCAAAAUGUACAUAUUUAUUAUUCAGCUGAUUUUUAUAUGUUUAAAUGUAUCUGAGUGGCCAGAGACUGAGUUUAUGGUUUUAUUCCAGAGACUUAAGCUAAAUAUUUUUUCACUCUUUUAUUCAGUGGUUAGAUUUUCAAAAAAAAAAGAUGAAUUAUUAAUUUCAUUUUUUCAUUAAUUUCUCAUAAGUUCUAAUGUUUAAAUACUUUGUUAAUAUCCGGGGAAGGUUCUCAGCUGCAUUUUCACAGUGGUUUAUUAAGUUUUUCUUUUAACAUUUAUCAUUUGGUAUCAACAUUCCACUUAAUAUUUUAUACAUUUUGUAGGAAUGUGCCUGUUUAGGCAGUUACUGACUUAAUUUGUUAGGCCAUAAGUAUUUUAUAGUACAGGCAGUUCCUGGGUUACAGAUGAGAUAACAUUCCUGAGAACGUCUUUAGGUAGGAUUUGCAUGUAACUUGGAUCCCUGAUUAACAGCACGUAUAUGGUAGUAAUAAUAAUAAUACUAUAAUGGCUCAUAUGUGGUAAUAAUACAGUGUCAUACUGUAAUACUAACAAUAUCCCUGUAACAUAUAAUAAGAGGUUACAGAAACUAUUGUGCUCUUUUUAAGUCAAAAACAGAACAUAAAAACAAACUCAUACAGAAAGUUUAAAUAGGUGAGAGGAGAAAUUUCAAAAAAAGAAUAUUAAAGGUUAACAAUCACCUAAUACUGCAUCAAUGUCUUGUUAGUGGAAGGGGUAUUUUUGAAGCAAGAAGGCAGCUGACAUUAAUCAGAAGAUGAUGGAGAUGGUGCUGGAGAGGAUGGAGUGGGAGCUGAAGAAUCAGGAUUUGAUUCUGUUGCUGGAGGUGGGGAGCUUACCACUGAAGUCAGUUUCUUGAAAAAGGUAUCUAGGGUUGUUUGCAAAGCUUUUUUCUUUUUCAUCAUAAAUGGCCUUGUAGCAGCUGAUAUUCUCACUAACUGCACGGUAAACUUUUGUAAACUGCUCAUUGUCAGUACCUUGCUCCUCAAGCUUAGCAAAUCCUGCUACAAGACAGAAGGCAUCAGCUAAUUCUUUUGUCAUAAACUUUCUUGGCUCUGGAUCUUCUGAUUCUUCAUGUUCUUAAGUUUCUAUCAGCUACUUCCCUAUGAGACUAGCCAUUAGCAUAGCAUAAAGAUGCUGUACCAACAAACCGCUUAUGCCAUGUGGGUUUCACAUGCAUGGAAGAAACUAGUUCCUGAAUUAUUAAUUAUAAAUUAUCUUUAAGGGGUGCCUUGGGAGCCCAUUCAUUAAAUAUGGAAUGCUGAAAGUUGGGUCAUGCAUAACCCGGGGACUACCUGUAUUUUAGGCCAUUUAGGUAAACAUGAAUAAAUUUCUUGUUUUCCCAAGAUUUUCUUAAAAGGUGAUCAAUUUAAAAAUAUGAUCAAGUAUCCCCCAAAAGUUGGGAACAUUUCAAAAUGUAGAACAAAUGUUGAAAAACUGUUUUAUCAAGAAAGAGUGCAAGUUCAAUUAAGGAUUUGAGAAGCUUUUAAACAAAGAUCAGUAAGGUAAUCAGCAUACUUAACAAUAAAUAUGUCUGACAUACAGUGCUGGGUUUUUUCCUUUUUGUACAACAAUGAAUUUGUGUCAUGUGUUUGAUAGCCUCUAUCAUUAAUCAUACCAUAAUCUCAUUUUAAAAUGAUGUUAAAAAUCCCUACAUUUCUAUAGGUAAAUUAGUUUUUUUUAAAAAGCUAUAAUCUGUAUUUUAAAUCUUUUUGCAAUUUUUAAAACAGCUUUCAUCCCUAAAAAUUCUACCAUAUUGAAAAUGUGUGGAGUAUAUUUUCUAUAGUAAGUAAUAUGAAGAAAACAUGAUUAGUUGUGCCAAAGAAGUUUUUUAUAUUGUUUACAUGAAGAGGCCACAGUACUUAUUGGGGAUUUCCUAGGGUAUUUUUGUUUAUUAAUAAAACAUUACACUCAGGCUUAGUAGCUUUGACAUAAUAGGAAGAAUGUUCCUCUUAAAUCUAUUUUAUUGAGAAGAGGCAAGAAGAGCUGAACUUACUACAUUCAUUCUUUGUAUUAGAAAUGUAGGUGGGGUAGUUCUCUGUAAUAUUUAGAGCUUAGUAUCAUACUUUGGAAUUUAAGAUAAUAGUAACAAGGCCAGUCUUCUAUGUAAGACAGUACAAACAAUGCCAGUUCAGGGACAAAGGAGACCUAGAAGCCCUUAAAAUAAGUUAUCUUAGAUGUGCCAGAAUACACUUAGAGCUUUAUUACUUUAGCUUAAGGCUUUAACACUUGUAGAAAUGCAAAUAUUCUUGAGAAAUGGUACCUUUAUUCUCAGUUCUGUAUACCUUACUGUGAGUGAGGUAUCCAAAGCAGUUUUUAAUCAGCAUUGAGGAUAGAAGGAAGUUAGAGGACAAUGAAAACUUUCGGAGUGAGGAAAUGGAUAAGGAGAGGAACUUUGAAAAUCUUAGGUUGGUUUGAGCAUUAUUGCUGCUUUCCUAAGAACCAUCAAAAUAUUUAAAUGGUUUAUCAUUCAUGGUCCACUCUCAACUGACAUUAUCCUUUAGUAAUUAAAAAAAUUAAUUUUUUCCCAUACAUUUUUAUAAUGUAGAAGGAAAACCAAGAUUCCAUAAAUGAUAAAAAUUUUCAGAUUUGUCUAAUGUAUACAGUAAUUUGUGCAUCUUAACAUGCUGCUAAAUGCAGAUUUAAACAUAACAUCUGAGGAUCAUGAUUUUUCCUCCUUUUUUGGAGCUCUUGGUAUAAAAUUCAUCUGCUUUUAUGAAAUAAGGUUUCUACACAGUUCAUUUCACACUAAAGAUAGUUUGUUAUUGUUUGCAUGAGGAAAUAACAUAUGUCUCAAUCUUUAAUUUUAGGUGGUAGUGUUUACAGUUUACACCCCCCAAAAAUGCUGAAUUACAUGCCAAUAUUUCCAUGUGUAUUUUGUUGCCUUGAUAUACUAUACUUGUUGCAUGUAUAUUAAAAAUUUUGUACCAUGCA